AUGCCUAGCGAUUUUCCGAGUGGCCGCCUGCCGGGGCUCCGACGAAGGAGAACGAAAUCUUCCGAUGACGUGGGCAGGGCUCUGGAGUCGGGUGGGUCGAGUCCUGUAGAGCCAACAGCCAAAGAGACAGAGGGAACCGGAAACGUGGCCACUGCGUCACCCGGCAUCCAAACCGAAAGCGAGGAGGCUUCCAGUGUGCUCGUCGACGCAGUCGGUGACGAUCCCGUCGACGACCUCGACUCAGGGGCUCUUGCCAUGCUCGAGGAGCAGAAGGAGGGGCUGGACGUCUUCGUGCAUCGCAGCAGCGAGGCCUGGGUCAUUACUCCUCUGUCCGGGCACUUGCGCCUGGAGUUGAGGCCAAUGCCGGCGGAUGGCCUGCCGCCUGCAGGCAGUGACGGUGUCAUCUGGCGUCUGGAUGACAAGGCCCACAGUGGCAGAAUGUCGAGCUGA